AUGGCCGCCCAGCUCAUCAUGCCUUCCGCACCGGGUGCGCAGCAGCAGUCGCGGCACUUUCUGCCAAACACCAGCAGACGGCCUCACGGCCACAGCCGCUCCCAGUCCUUCCAGCUGCCGCCGGGCCCUCAGCUGUCGCCCAACAGCAUCAACGGCUUCUACGACCACGCCGUCUCGACCCCGACGUCGCCCAAGGCUGCGCACCACGGCGGCCAUGCGCGUCCCGUCUACAUGCCCGCCGUCCUGCGCUCCAACAACGAGUUCCCGUCGCAGCCCCUGACCAAGUCGACGUCGGGCGACUCGAGCUCCGACUCGGGCUCCGACACGACGCUGCGCCGCUCCAACACGGGCUUCAUGAGCCUCGGCGGCAUCGUCGGCCAGCGCCUGGGCCGCCGUGCCAGCGAGAGCGGCAAGAGCAGCAUCGACGGCGAGUGGAAUCUCGACCUCUUCCCCGACGUCACCGAGCCGCCCACCCGCAAACACUGGAAGCCCGACACCGAGUCCACCAUCUGCGACGACCCGACGUGCAAACGCAACUUCAGCUACUUUGUCCGACGCCACCACUGCCGCAAGUGUGGCAACAUCUUCUGCGACUGGCACUCCAGCUACGCCCUGCCGCUCGACCAGAACGCAAACUUCAACCCGCGCGCCGUCCCCUCGCGCACCUGCAACCACUGCUUCGAGCAGUUCAAGACGUGGCACAGCCGCGAGGGCAGCCAGGUCUCCAGCUCCGCCUCCUCGGACGCCCACCACACCGUCCCCUCCACGCCCAUUGCCGCCCAGCCAGCGACCCCGUUUGGCCUGCCCCAGGGCCCUGAGAUUCCAGCCAGCGUGCCACGCGACUGGAACUGGAGCACCUUCUAA